UCAUAUCCAUUGUGUUUUAUUAUUUGAAAAAAUCGAUAAUCAAUACUUCAAUGAAAUAUAAUAUUUAUUCCAGUUCAAGAUUAAGCCAUUCGGGCUAUGUGAGCUGUGCAAUAUGGAUUAACAAUGAAUUGGUUCUUACUUGUGGUGAUGAUCGAAAAUUAUUAUUCUGGCAUAUAUUGACACAUACAGAACCGAUAAAAACAAUAAUAUUGCCGAUAGAUUCCAUACCAACAACAAUGCAUUAUUUUUCACAUCACGGCUCAUCCACAUUUGAUUCAUCAAUGUUAAAUUUGUUGAAAAUUGAUUCCAGUUCCAAUAAUUCAUUGGCUAUAGGGACUACAAAUGGUUGUUUCUAUUUAUUACCAAUCAAUUGGAAUGGAACGAAAUUAGAUCGAACGUUUGAAGCACAUAAAGGCGCAAUCAUUGUGAUACGUUGGUCAAAUGAUAAUGGUUCUACGUUGGCUACUGCCGGUGAAGAUGGAUUAGUGAAAAUAUGGUCCAAAGUAGGAAUGCUUCGUUCGACGAUUCAUGUUUCGAAUACUUCACCAGUAUAUGCUUUGUCAUGGUCACCGGAUAGUAAUUCAUUGGCUUAUGUUAAUCAAGCCAAUUUAAUUAUCAAAUCUCUAUCACCACAAUCAAAAGCUUUAGAAUGGAUGGCACAUGAAGGUGUUAUUAUUUGUAUUGAUUGGUCACCAAUAAAUAAUCGAAUAUUGACAGCUUCGGAAGAUGGUCGUAUCAAAAUAUGGGAUACAACUGGUCGAAUGAUCUAUGUUAGUGUAAAACAUUCAUCUGCAUUGACUUCAGUCGCCUGGUCAUCGGAUGGUGAAUUAUUCACUGCAUCAACAUUUAAUUCAUUAGAACUUCAUGAUCAAUUUGGUCAUUGUUUAUCAGUGGAAAAGCUAUCAAUGGAAGGAUUGGUUUUUGUAUCAUGGUCGCCUGAUAUUCAACAAGUUUGUUGUGUUUGUUCGAGUGGAAGAGUUUUAUUCGCUUCCGUUGUUGAUCGAAUAUUAGAAUCAAAAUUCUGGCAAGCAACCAAUGUUUCCAGACGUUCAUUGAAAGUAAACAAUUCUACAAAUGAAUUUCAAGAAAUUCUUGAAUUCAAAGAUCCAAUAUUAAGAUUUUCCUUGCAAUUCGAUUAUCUGAUUGUCGUCACCAAAAGUCAAUGUUUCCUCUAUAAGGUGAACAAUUUCGCUACACCUUAUCAUUUCGAAAUGAAAUCUAAUGAUUUGAAUCGAUUAAUGAUAAAACAAUCACAUAAAUAUUUUGCUCUGAUUAAUUUAUUAGCUGCGAAUCUCUAUUCUUAUGAUGGAAGAUUUCUCAAAACAAUCAAAUUGUUCAAUAUGCGUCAAGAAUCUUUACUUCCCAAUCAUGUCAGUAUGAAUGAUCAUAUAUUAGCAUAUCGAGAUGCGAUCAAUAUACAAACGAUUCAUUUAGUUGAUUUGGAAAAUCAAGCAAAAAUUGUACAAAAGUCAUCUGGAAUAACUGCACCAUCAACCGAUCAAUAUCAACAUCAAUUAGGAAUUAUAAAUAUUAAAUUGAAUACUGAACAACAUCAAUAUAAAUCAAAUACUAGCAAUAAUGCUAUCCAUCAUUUGUGCGCCAUACUGGACAGAAAUUCUGAUCUUUACAUUCUUUCUUGGACACAUAGCAAUGCUAAUUUGGUAGCAAAAAAUAUUAAAUCAUUCAAACUAUCGCCAAUGAUUCGUGAUAUUUGUUGGCAUGUUGAUUAUAAUCUAUUGGUAUCGCUUCAUGAAAAUCAAAAAAAUUUAUCCAUUUGGCUACAUCCAAAUGCCGUAUUUAUGGAUUCAAGUCUCUUACAAGAUGUUAUACUAACGUUGACAAGUCAGGAAAUUUCUUCAAAUAGUCGAAUCAUUGAAUUCAGUCAGAAUCGAAUUACGAUUGAACGACAAGAUCGUUUAAAGAUCUAUAUGACUGUGAAUCCGUUUGUAAUACUGUUGCAUAAACAUAAGAUUGAAAAUCGUCUUGAUGAAGCCAUAAGAAUGUGUAACUUUUUGGACAAAUCUAUACAUGAAAUUGAACCGGUAGAGCGUAAUGUACGUGAUUCAUUGUGGGCCACAUUAGCAGUGAUGAGUUUAGAGCAGAAGCAAUAUAGGAUUGCGGAAGUGGCCUAUGCUGCAAUCAAUAAAUUAGACAAAGUUCUCUAUCUUAAUCGUAUAAAAACUUUAACAUCACAGGAGCUGAUAACAAUUGAAUCCGAAUUACUUUGUGGCAAUUUUGAUUUGGCUGAAAAUUUGUUGAUUCAAAAAGGAUAUUUUUUGCGUGCAGUUCAUCUUAAUCUUCAAUUACAGAAUUGGAUACGAGCUCUAGAUUUGGCUCAGAAAUUCAAUUCGAAAUUUUCGAGUUUUCCGUUGAAAAUCAAUGGACAAAUAAAUGGUGUACAACAAGAAAAUGAACAGGAAUCCAUUAAUCUGGAUGAUCAAGAAAAAACUAAUGAUAUUAAAGUGGAUUUAAUUCAUAUGGUUAUUGCUUGCUGGGAAAAACAUUGUCAAAAACAACAAAAUAGCGGAAAUAAACAGCAUAAAAAAUUGGAACAAUUACAAAAAGUGGCCAAUGAAAUGGAAUAUAUUGUCGAUUGGAAUCUAAUUGAAGAAAAAUUACAGCAAGAUUCAUUUAUAUACAGUCAGAAUUAAUAUUUUGAUGGAUUUUAAAAUUAAAAAUAAAAAAUAAUUUUUCAGUACACAGAGCCAAAAGUCUGCGGUGUACCCUGCAAGUGUUAACAAAAAUGCAAAUUUGCAGUUUACCCUGCAAACUUGCAGCUUAUGUAACAUUGUAUAUGAACGCUUCACCAUAUAUACCCUCCAAAUUUGAAUUUUUUGAAACCCUGCAGUUUACCCUCCAAAUUUGAAUUCAUUUGCCCCCCAUUUACUUCAUUAAUUUUACCCCCAUAUUAGGAUUAAAAAAUUUUAUUCAAAAUUAAUAUUAAAUUAAUAAAGCAAUGACAAUAAUUAAAAAACCAAAUUAAACAUGAUCCAAUUUUUGUCUUGUCCAUAGUGAUCCAUUUAUAAAUUAACCAAUGACCAUGAGCAUAUGUCCGCCAAUCCAAUCAUUAUGAUCCAAGACUAGUUGUCGAUUUUAAAUUAAGAAAUUCGUUAGUUAUUUCAAUCAUUUCCAUCAAGAAUCACAUACCAUGUAAAUAAAAAUCUAUCGUAAUGGGCAUUCAGUUUUCCUUUUCCAAAAUGAAUCUAGAAAACGAGUCAAGAAAUUAGUUGUUAGUUUGGGUAAUCAAUUGAGCAAUUUACAUACCAUGAUCAAUUCAAUUUCCAAAAUGUUCGCCGGUGAUCCUAAAUAAAAAUAAAUAUUAGUUUUUUCGUUCAA